AAGUGCAUCACCCUCCCCGCGCUGCCCAGCCAGUGAGAGCCCUGAGCUAGGGCCAGGCACCCGGCCCUCACCGGGCCGAUUUCCCCGCAAGCCGCUGUUGCGCCAUCACAGCCCCUGCCGCGCGCAGCCGCGUUGCAAAAGCAAACACCCAAGUGAGCAGCGUCCGUCCGUCUGUCCAUCCGUCCGUCCGUCCAGCCGGUUCGCUCACUCCUCUCCCUCAGGCAGCCAUGGCACCGGCCGGCAUCCCCGCCGUCCUCAUCCUGAUGGUGCUGCUGCCUGCUGCAGCCGCUCCCUGCGAGCCCACACAGAGCCCGGCCAACGCGACGGCACCGGGGCUGCUGGGGACGUGGCGGUACGUGGCCGGGGCCGCCCAGCUGCCCCAGCACCUCCUGGAGCUGCUGCUCAUCGACCACGGCCACCUGCGCGUGGAGCCUGGCGCCGGGGGGCAGGAGCUGCUCGUCACCCAGCACGUGGCCGCGGGCGGCCGCUGUCUCUCCAGCAACUCCACUUACUUCCACCUCCCUGAUGGUGGUGGCACGGCGCUGGUGAAGCACGCCAAGACCCAGCAGACCGUGGGGAUGCUGCUGAACCUCAGCUCUGAGGACAUUUUACUCAUCCAGCACCAACUGCAGAGGGAGAGGACGUAUUCGGCGCUGUAUCUCUACGCCCGAAAUCAGACGGUGAGCAAGGCCCAGCGGGACGAGUUCGCCCAGCGCGCCCAGUGCCUGGGUCUCAGCGAAGGGGAGAUCGUGUACGCGCCCUGGAGGCAGGAGCUGUGUCAAGCGGAAGGAACCCAAGAUGGCGGCGCCCAAGGCACGGCCCCCCCGGCCACAGGCCCAGCAUCACCAGCACCGAGUGGGGCCGGGAGCACGAUGAACCAGCACCAAUAAAUGCUUCACUCCAACACAGCACUGUUCAUUCCGAGAGGUUGGGGCUCAGGAGUGCAAAAAGGAGAUCAAGCACCCGAUUUGCCUCGUGUGUCCCUCGCCUGGUGUUUGGGAACAGCCAGCCUCGAGCACCCGGGCUGCAGGAUGAGGCGCAUGGGGCAGCUGCAGCCUCCCGGCCUCACAUGGCGUGCUCCAGGCCCGGUUUUGGGAGAGGAGCACUGAAAGCGGGCAGUGAUGGAGGCUAACCAGAAGAGGGCAAUCGGUUACCACUCAUAGGAGCGUGCCAAGCAUCUGAUGCGUAACUGAAAUCCAUGAAAGGCCAGAAACUUCUCCUCAACGCACGGGCCGAGAGGAAGAUGAGGCUUAGCCAGAAGCAGCACCUAACUCCUGCCAGAGGGAACCUGGCUGCUGCAGCCCUUCCCUCCCAGCCCUUCGGGCCAGGCUGGAGCUCCCCAGCCUUCACCCACAGCAAGGAUCAUGACUGGCUGUGGUGACACUGGUGGAGCUGGGGGUGCUAACCCAGGCCCACAGGAUUUUGAUUCCUCCACAGAAAAAGGGCACAAUUCCUCACACCCCAUAAAUUCAGCACAGUGCUGAGGUACGGUGCUGACAGACACCCCUUGCCUCCCUCGUCACUGCUUCACCCAGGGAAGCGCAGCACUGCAGCUCUGUGUUUGUGACAGUAAGGGACAGUUUAAAAAAAGCACCACUAGUUGCUGCAUGGCUGGGAGGUAAUUCAGUCUCAGCUCUAACCUAGUAAUUAAGCACUGAAAAUAUCUUUGCCUUAAAAAGGAGGAAAAGGACAAGCUGCUGGCACACUGUGAAGAGCCCUGCCCCUCCACAGUGCCACCAGGUUGCCUUUACCCUGCAAGGCAGCGCAUGCUGGCGAGCAUUUCACUUGGGCUUUUGGCCCAAUUUCUUGUAGCAAAACUGAGUUUUACAGAGUGAAAUAAGCACGCUCCCUCGGGGUCUGAGGGCACAGGUACCUGACCAGCCUUUGCUUCCAGCAUCUUUAUCAGCUUGUGACAAAAUCUUAACGCCCCACCUCAGAGUCAGCCAGCUGAAGGGCAGGAGAGGACAGCAGAGAGAUGGGUGCUGCCAGCAGCCUUGAGAGCUGUGGGGCAGAGAAGGCUGGGAUGUCUUCAGCUGAGCAAAGCUGACACCGCUGGAAAGCAGCUCCUCAGAUUGCAAGGACCAACACUUUAUAAGUAGAGUUAUAGAUGAAUAAAAGCCUCGAAUGACAAUCGGAGACAUAAGAACCAACCCCAGUGUGGCCCCCAGAGUUCUGUUAGCUGGUAGUGCAAGCGGCCUCUGAUUUAGCUGUUUCCUGGAACCUUCAAUAGACCAGUUGUGGUUUUUUCUGUUGUUGUUGUUUUAGACAGAAAUUAGAAAAAAACUUUCUUUUGAAAACCUUAAAAGUCCUUUAAGGUUCCUUUGUUCCUUCAGGGGCAUACUUAGACUGCAGAGUUUCCAGAUUUUCCAGGACUCUCACUUCUCUGAACAAGUUAUGGACACUUAACAGAUGAGGAAAACGUCCAGCAGCACUCAGAGCUAAACCAACCACAUCCAAGUGUUUCUGAGCCUUUAUAUCUGCCAUUACUUUUGAUCUCAUUUUUUCUUUUUUCCCUUUAAGAAUUCUGUUCUCCCAGGUCCUUUUAGGGAAAACCAUUCCCAGCAUCACCAUCCUAGGGAAAAGCCAUCCAAGUCUGGCCACAGACAGCACCAAUAAGCCAUAUCGAGAAAGAGAGACAGACACGUGGCAUCUCUUUGACAGACCUUUAUUAGCAGACUGUUCCCUACAUGAAGAAUCCGAGUUAGAUUUGCAUAAUAACAAUUUGUGGUUACAGCUACAAAGAUGGUUGUCAUUUUGCAUUGAUUUUUGCAUUCUGAUAUUCAUAUUUCCAUUAGGCCACACUGGUAGGAAGGAGCCACUGCAAAAUUUACAAUAGAUCUCA